AAUUUCAAAAUCUGAAAUUAUAAUCCAUGUCACAUAAUUAUGCUGUCACGGAAAGUGAGUUAUGCUCAUUGUUUGACUUAAGUAGUGAUUGUUACGUCAUAACUCAAUUUUAUUCGUUGAUCAAUUAAUCCCGAGAAGUAAUCAGACCCGAGACCGACAGUCGGAGGACAACAGACUGAAAAGUUGUUCUUUGGGGUAAAUUAUAUUAAAACCAGAUGGUUUUUAAAUUAUCCUUACACAAAGAAGAUAAACGUAUACAAGUACAAGUAAAGUUCUGACCGGGGAAUUUAAUAUUGAACAGCAACCAUAAAAAGGCCUUUUUCGCCUCGAGUUGCUAUAAAACGGAAAAAUUAUGGGUUUAUAGUCCAAUCCAGCCUACAAUCGUAUUAAUACUGCAAGAAUUGUAGAAUUUAUGACGGGUAGCGAAUGAAGUAUACACAGAUGCCAGAAAUAUGAGUCUGAAUUCGGAGUCCGGAAAAUCGACGACGAAGACUUGUGGAAAUGUCAGGGAGGAAUUCAGGCUGCAGAAUCUGGGAUUUAGUGGCAGUCGUAGCAGGAAUUUUGUGACGUCACAGUGCUUCCAGCAACAGCCCUUCUUCCCCGUAUGGACUACAUUCUGGGCCUUAUUUCACCUGGUGGUCAUUUGUCUACAAUUUUACUUCGAAGAGGACCACCCAAAUCCAAAAUGGCUAUCUUUCCUAACAAACUGGGGCUACACCCUUCUGGCUAUGUUCUCCAUUUUGGACUGUGUUGUAACUUUAUAUGCCAGUAUUUCAAAUAAGGAACUACUUCGAAUUGAAAACGACGAUUUACCUUGGUUUAUGAAGAUACAGUGGAUUUUAUUCAACGUUUCCACAGUAACAGCUCUUGUGAUAACGCUGCUGUUUUAUACACUUUUGACACCAAACCUUACUGCCAACAGUAUACUGACGCAUGCUGUGAACUCUGUAUACGCUCUAUCUAACCUCACGUUAUGUGCCAAACCUGUGCGGAUUCUCCAUGUGUACCAGCCGGUCACGCUCGCCGUUUUGUACACAGUGUUUUCUGUGAUCUACCACCAAGCCGGGGGCGGAUCAAUCUACGAUAUUUUAGACUGGGACAAAGUUCAAAAUACUGUACUUUUAUCGCUCGGCGUUGUUUUUAUAGUUGUGCCUUUGAUUCAUUUAGUCUGUUUUACUAUUUAUAAAUUACGAGUGUUCGCUUCGAAAUCAUGUUGUCUAGGGAAAACUACUGUUAACAUCAACGACAAUGGUGGAUCAAACCAUUCUGAAAAUUCUGAUGCUUCAGGGAGGAGUGGCAAUGUUGCUUAACUUGAUAUUCCUUAUCUCUAUUUAUAAAUUGCGAGUGUUCGCCUCAACUUCUUAUUGCCAAUUGGAAACCAUUGGCGAUAUAAACGACGAUUGCAGGUUUUAUCAUUUCUACGGAUUCAGGAAACGUUGCUCAGGUUGAUGAUGCAAAAAAGAUGCAUUUUAGUUUAUGUAAUGCAUUUCAUUAUAUUUAGGAUGUAUGUAAAUAUCUUUAAACUAUUUAUUGAUUUAUGAUGUGACAUACAUGUGAGUUGUUCCACCGAUAUUGGAAAUCCAAAUAAAGGUACAUAGACA